UAUUAUUUUUAAUUUGUGUUCAGACACAGAGGUAUUAGUCAAAACUAUUCAGUCAGAGGGUGUUCCUUUCAGAUAAUGAAAAACAAAAAAAAGAAAAAGAAAAACCAGAUACCUCUCUUUUUUUUUUCUUUUUUUUUCUUUUUUCUUCCUGUUUUUUUUGUUUUUAAAGAAAUAAACAAAACUUUUGGUUACAAACAGAGGGAAAACUAAUUUGUAUAUCAGUUCACAAACCCGCCCUCAAAAAACACCGCAAUUUAUGAAAAAAAAAGAAAAAGAAAAAAAAUCCAGCCAUUAAAUUGGAAAAAAUAAAGGAAAAAAAAAAAAAUCAGCUGAGAGAGGCAUUAGAGGGUCCGGAGCUCAAGCCCGGGCCCCACCUCCAGCAUCGCCAUCAUCAUUGCCGAUCUUAGGGUUCUAAUUCAUUGUACCAUUUUAGUGAUUGGUUUCUGCAAGUAUUAGAAGAAAGUGUGUGUGAUCUGGUAGAAAUCUGAUAUCUGAGCGGGUUUUAGGAUUCGAUGGGCUCGAAGCCUUGGCUAUACCCGGCUCCGACCUAUUGUGGCUUGGAGACCUACUGGGAUACCGAAGAGGACGCCCCUGGUCCUCGCUGUGGUCACACCCUCACCGCCGUCGCUGCCACUAAAACCUAUGGUCCUCGUCUGAUCCUCUUUGGUGGAGCCACUGCCAUUGAAGGCGGAGCUUCUUCUUCCGCCCCUGGCAUCAGGUUAGCCGGUGUGACAAAUUCUGUUCAUUCCUAUGAUGUUCUUACUCGGAAGUGGACUAGAAUCAGGCCCGCUGGUGAGCCACCAUCUCCGAGGGCAGCACAUGCCGCAGCUGCAGUGGGCACUAUGGUUGUCUUUCAGGGUGGCAUAGGUCCCGCUGGGCAUUCUACAGAUGAUCUUUACGUUCUCGACUUAACCAAUGAUAAGUUCAAGUGGCAUAGAGUGGUAGUGCAAGGGCAGGGACCAGGGCCUCGAUAUGGCCAUGUAAUGGACUUGGUUGCUCAAAGAUAUCUUGUUACUGUCAGUGGCAAUGAUGGAAAAAGAGUUCUGUCUGAUGCUUGGGCUUUAGAUACUGCUCAGAAACCUUAUGCAUGGCAGAGGCUGAGCCCAGAAGGUGAUAGACCUUCUGCUAGAAUGUAUGCAACAGCUAGUGCCCGCUCAGAUGGCAUGUUUUUGCUCUGUGGUGGAAGAGACACUUCUGGAGCACCAUUGGCAGAUGCUUAUGGGCUACUUAUGCAUAGGAAUGGUCAGUGGGAAUGGACCCUUGCUCCUGGAGUGUCUCCUUCACCUAGGUAUCAACAUGCUGCGGUUUUCGUUGGUGCGCGUUUACAUGUGACUGGAGGUGUUCUGAGGGGAGGGCGUUCAGUAGAAGGUGAAGCAGCUGUUGCAGUAUUGGACACUGCUGCUGGAGUUUGGCUAGACAGAAAUGGGCUCGUGACAUCGGCACGCACUAGCAAGGGACUUACUGAAAAUGAUCCUUCUUUGGAGCUUAUGCGUCGUUGUCGUCAUGCAGCUGCAUCUGUUGGUGUUCGCUUAUAUAUCUAUGGUGGCCUGAGAGGGGACAUACUGCUAGAUGAUUUUCUGGUUGCUGAAAAUUCACCAUGUCAGCCUGAAGUAAAUUCUCCAGUUUUGACAUCCGAGAGAUCUACACCUAUAACAAGUCCCAAAAUAAAUCAUUCUAACAGAAAUUCACAAGCAAUAUCAUCAUUGGAUGGUGGCCCAGAGACUCCCUCUUCUGGUGGUGGCUUGAGCAUGGACAAAAAUUCUUUGGAGAAACUAAGGCUGGCUUCUGCUGCUGAAGCUGAGGCAGCUACCGCUGUGUGGCAAGCAGUGCAGGCUGCUUCUAGUGCUCCUGCUGAAGAAACAUCAGUAUCAGAUGACAAUUCACAAGCCGCAGAAACAAUUUCAGAUGGCAGUGAUAAUGAGGCAGAUGUGCGGCUCCAUCCCAGAGCUGUUGUAGUUGCUAAAGAGACUAUGGGAAACCUAGGAGGGAUGGUGAGGCAAUUAUCAUUGGAUCAGUUUGAAAAUGAGAGCAGACGAAUGAUUCCCGUAAAUAAUGAUUUGUCUUAUCCUACCAAAAAGUUCACCAGGCAGAAGUCUCCUCAAGGCUUACAUAAGAAGAUUAUAUCUGCAUUGCUGAGGCCUCGGAACUGGAAAGCACCUGCCAAUAGGAGGUUUUUCUUGGAUUCCUAUGAAGUUGGUGAGCUCUGUUAUGCUGCUGAACAGAUCUUUAUGCAUGAGCCAACAGUUCUUCAGCUGAAAGCUCCUGUAAAAGUAUUUGGUGAUCUUCAUGGACAAUUUGGUGACUUGAUGCGGCUAUUUGAUGAAUAUGGAUUUCCAUCAACAGCAGGAGACAUAACGUAUAUUGACUACUUGUUUUUGGGGGACUAUGUUGAUCGAGGUCAACACAGCUUGGAGACCAUAACUUUGCUCCUGGCACUCAAGAUUGAGUAUCCUGAGAAUGUUCACUUAAUACGUGGAAACCAUGAGGCUGCUGACAUAAAUGCACUUUUUGGUUUUCGCAUAGAGUGCAUUGAGAGAAUGGGAGAGAACGAUGGGAUAUGGGCAUGGACACGAUUCAAUCAACUUUUCAACUAUCUACCACUUGCUGCGCUAAUUGAGAAGAAAAUUAUCUGUAUGCAUGGUGGCAUUGGAAGGUCUAUACACUCAGUAGAGCAGAUAGAGAAGCUUGAGAGACCAAUAACAAUGGAUGCUGGAUCUAUAAUUUUAAUGGACCUUCUAUGGUCUGAUCCUACAGAAAACGAUAGCGUAGAGGGUUUGAGACCAAACGCUAGAGGGCCUGGUCUUGUCACUUUUGGGCCUGAUCGUGUAACAGAAUUCUGCAAGAAAAACAAAUUGCAGCUCAUUAUAAGGGCUCAUGAAUGUGUCAUGGAUGGAUUUGAACGCUUUGCACAGGGACAGUUGAUUACUCUCUUUUCGGCUACAAACUAUUGUGGGACGGCAAACAAUGCGGGAGCUAUACUUGUGGUUGGCAGGGGUUUAGUUGUAGUUCCGAAAUUAAUCCACCCCUUGCCUCCCCCUCUUCAAUCACCUGAAACCUCUCCAGAACGUGUCAUUGAGGACACAUGGAUGCAGGAGCUUAACAUUCAGAGACCACCUACUCCUACCCGUGGUCGCCCCCAGCCUGACCUUGACCGGAAUUCCCUUGCAUAUAUAUGAUAUCCCUGACAACGGAAUGUUUGUAUUUCUAGUUUUAGACGAGUUAGAAAAUUGGAGGAAAGAAAAAUAGUUGUUCCUGAAAUUUAGUUUGUAAAUUAUGUGUACAAUAUGGCCCGCAGAGGGGAUGUAAUUUAUGCUGUGUGACAGAGAUAAAAUUAUAGGAGGGAAAUUGGUGGGUACAGUUUUUUUGGGUGUUGUAGUAUAAAUAAUAAUGUUAUACCAUAAAUUUUCGAUAUAGAAGUAUUUGUUUCCUUUUA